AUGGACCACAGACCGCAAGCUUGGGGCCGUCCCAGAGACGACGUCUACGGUGCCUACGAUGGCUCCUACAUGAACCUCAACGGUCCCAACCAAGCGACACAGUCCCCCAUCGUCACGGGUACAUCAGUCAUAGCCAUGAAGUUCAGUGAGGGUGUCGUCAUUGCAGCCGACAACCUGGCAUCCUACGGUUCCCUCGCCCGCUUCACCGACGUCAAGCGUCUCCGUACCUUUGCCAACUCCACCGUAGUCGGCUUCGGCGGCGACGUCUCUGACAUGCAGUACCUCGACCGCCACCUCUCGGGUCUCGAUAUUGAAGAGUCGUACGACCUGUCCUCUGACGCCCCCGCCCGUCUCAACGCUGCCAACCUGCACAAAUACCUCUCCAAGCUCCUCUACAAGCGCCGCUCCGACUUCGACCCCCUCUGGAACCACCUCCUCGUCGCCGGCCUUGACGACAGCAACAAGCCCUUCCUCGCUGCCGCCGACCUCCUCGGCACUACUUUCACCUCCCCCUCGCUCGCUACCGGCUUCGGUUCGGCUCUCGCCCAACCCAUCAUGCGUCGCUACGUCCCCGAUGAGGAGGCCGCCGCCAAACUGUCCAAGGAGCAAGCCAUCGAGGUCAUCAAGGAGUGCAUGAAGGUGCUCUUCUACCGCGACGCUCGCAGCUCCGACAACUACUCAAUCGCUGUCGUGACCAAGGACGGCGUUGACUUGAAAGAGAAUGAGAAGCUCGAGAAGCAGAGCUGGAAGUUUGCGGAACGGAUCCGUGGCUAUGGUACGCAGGUUGUCUAG